CUUCCCGCUGGCGGUCCCGCUCGCCCGCCGAAGACAUCCAGCCCGAAAUCUGGAUCGCGCAGGAGCUGCGGCGCAUCGGCGACGAGUUCAAUGCCUCCUAUUGUCCACGAAGG